GCUCCCCGGCGCCCUUCGCGCCCAUCCUGUGCGGGGCUAGCGCAGUUUACCCGCAGCUGGAAGUGCCCCGCGGCGGGAGCAGGAAACCGGGGGAAAGCGCCGCUCCCCGGCCCCCGAUAGACUCACCCAGGCAUCCGGGACGGGAGCCGGGCUCCGGGGCUCGCUUGGGCGCUCUCCCUCUGCGGGAGUCGGGGCCGGAGGGGAAGGGGCCGCCGGGGAGCCGUGCGCGGACCUGGCGCUGAUACUUUCACCUUCCCAACGGGCCCCUCCCAGCCCAGCGGCCCGGAGCCGCCCCCCACCCCGCAGGCAGACGAAGCGGGUUAAAUUCCCGCGCCGGGCGGACGCUUAGGAGGCGGGAUCCGGGCAGGCCGGUCCCGGAGACAAGCGGGGCUUUUCCUUGCCGCCGCGGGCAGGGGUCCCCGGGCCAGCUCCGUGGGGAGCCGUCCAGGACCCCGCUCCUCCCCCUGCUGCUGGGGCCCGCUCGCCCGGCCCCGCCCGGGGAGCCGAGGGGAGGAGGAAAUCAGCUGCUGUCCCUUUAACAGGCGCUGGCGCUGAGCGGAGUUCAGGCCGGGGUCAGUGGGAGUUCGCAGCCCGGGCUUUACCUUUGCGCCUAGCCGUGCGCCGGCGGCACAUGCUGCCUCCUGCGCUGCGCCCCGGAGCGGCCGCCGGGCCUGGCACGCAGGGCGCAGCGAGCGCCGAGGGAGGCAGCGCCUUGGCAGCACAGCCCGCGGAGCUGGCAUGGGCCGGAGGCGCCGGCUGGCGGCGGGGAGCGCACGGCGGGGACCCAGGGGCUGAGGCUGCUGCUCAGGGGACAUGAGAGUCCGCAGAGACCUCGGCUGGCUGGCGGAAGCGACGGAGCCCCCAGGUGGCGGGAGGAGCCCCAUGCUGGAGGCCAUGGAGAUGCCGAGCCACUCCAGACAGCUGCUCCUACAGCUCAACACGCAGCGGGCCAAGGGCUUCCUGUGCGACGUGAUCAUCGUGGUGCAGAACGCGCUGUUCCGCGCGCACAAGAACAUCCUGGCGGCGAGCAGCGUCUACCUGAAGUCGCUGGUGGUGCACGACAACCUGCUCAACCUGGACCACGAGAUGGUGAGCCCGGGCGUCUUCCGCCUGGUGCUGGACUUCAUCUACACCGGCCGCCUGGGCGAGUGCGAGCCGGGCGAGCAGGGCCUGGGCGCCGUGCUGGCGGCCGCCAGCUACCUGCAGGUGCCGGCCCUGGUGGCUCUGUGCAAGAAGAAGCUGAAGCGGACGGGCAAGUACUGCCACCUGCGAGGCGGCUACAGCCCCUACGGCAAGAUGGCCAGGGGGCUGCGGGCCACCACCCCCGUCAUCCAGACCUGCUAUUCGGCUGGCCCCCGGCCUGUGGACAUGCAGCCAGGCGAGCCCCACAGCACCCAGUGCGGGGAGCUCUAUGCCUCUGCCUCCCAGGGCACCGCCCUGCACCAGCCUGGGCUCUGCCCACCCGAGAGGCACUGCUCCCCCCCCUGCGGCCUGGACCUCUCCAAAAAGAGCCCCACCAGCCCUUCCUCCCAGCUGCUGCCCACAGACAGACUCCACCCGGGGGACAGCAGGGAGCCCUUGCUGCCCCCCGGGCACGACAGCCCCCCGGGCAGCGCUUCCCUGCUGGCCAACCACAGCUCCGCCUACAAAGACCCUCCCCAGGUGGGCGAAGGUGUGAUCCACCCCGCGGAGCGCUUCCGUGGCAGCCCGCCCUGUGCCGAGCCCCUUGCCCGGGCCGAAGGCCGCGACUUCCUGUACCGCUGGAUGAAGCACGAGCCCCCGGGCAGCUACCUGGAGGAGUGUGAGGCGGAGAAAGAGCCUGAGCGGGAGGAGAAGGCCGAGUCGCCCCCGCAGUCCCGCUACCCCAGCAUCGAGAGCAACGAGCUGGAGAACGACAACAGCACCAGCGAGGACACGGGCAGCAGCGAGGGCCCAUCCCCCGGGGGCACCCUGGGCCCCUACUGCAGCCACCUGGCCUACGAGCCCGAGAGCCUGGGGGACAACCUGUACGUGUGCAUCCCAUGUGGCAAGGGCUUCCCCAGCUCGGAGCAGCUCAACGCCCAUGUGGAGGCCCACACCGAGGAGGAGCUGUACCACAAGGCGGCCUCGGAGCAGGCCGGCCCCUUCCUGGACAAAGGUGGCCAGAGCCUGGGCGACAUCAUCCGGCCCUACCGCUGCUCCUCCUGCGACAAGGCCUACAAGGACCCGGCCACGCUGCGGCAGCACGAGAAGACGCACUGGCUCACGCGGCCCUACCCCUGCACCAUCUGCGGCAAAAAGUUCACGCAGCGCGGCACCAUGACGCGGCACAUGCGCAGCCACCUGGGCCUCAAGCCCUUCGCCUGCGACGCCUGCGGCAUGCGCUUCACCCGGCAGUACCGGCUCACCGAGCACAUGCGCAUCCACUCGGGCGAGAAGCCCUACGAGUGCCAGGUGUGCGGCGGCAAGUUCGCCCAACAGCGCAACCUCAUCAGCCACAUGAAGAUGCACGUGGCCGGGCCCGACGGCAAGGCCAAGCUGGACUUCCCUGAGAGCGUCUUCGCCAUGGCGCGGCUCACGGCUGACCAGCUGGGCCUCAAGCAGGAGAAAGCGGCCGAGCUGCUGUCGCACACCUCACACUUCCUCAGCGACCCCAAGGGCCUGGAGAGCCUGUACCCGCUGGCCCGGUUCACAGCCGAGCACCUGGGGCUGAGCCAGGAGAAGGCGGCUGAGAUGCUGGGUCCAGGCCCACUGCUUCAUGGCGACCGGACCAUAGAGCGCUAUUCGCCCACCUAAUGGGGUGGCCCGAGACCCCCAGGGUCGCCCACCGCAGCUAGAGCCAAAGAGGCCGCGUGGCUGCCGGGUCUGCAGAUCCUGUGGGUCCCUCCUCAGAUGGACUCUCUGUAGCAUUUGGGGAGUGGGAAAUUUUUUCCCUGAAAAUGUGCAGUGAUGGAGAUCUUCCGCCUCCCCCCACUUCAUGGGGACAGACCAGACCAGCCGAACAGCGAGGGGAGGCCAAGCCCCUAGCUGGGGGUCCCACCCGAGUGCUGCUGUUGUGGGGCUGGGAGUAAUGUGCUGCAGGGGUGGGGCUGUUUACAGCUGGGCUAUGGCUUGGUGCAAAUAGUAAGGUGAUGGGGUGGGGCUGUGAUCAAACCCCACUUACUGGCCCCCGGCAUCCAUCCCCUCUUGCGUCCUGUCAGCUGCUCCCUGGAGGGCUGCCAGGAGCCGUGCCCAGACACAAUGCAGUCUGUACCGUGCCCCUGCCUUACCUGGCACAGCCACCACGUGCCCAGCAGGGGCUGGUGCCUCCCAGCACAAGGAAAAUGUGAACCUGCCUCCUACCUCAGGAGCCAGUCGCUCCCCUCCCUGGGACUCAAGGAGGGCCAUGGCAGUCUUCCCCCCCAAACUCCCUGCUGCAGCUGGACCCAGUACGAGCACAAUAACCCAGCUCUAGGCCCAUUGCUUAAAUCUGCCUGCCCUGCCCCCAGGCCUAGGCUGCCUCUGCUCAGGCCCCCUCGGAGCCCAGCUUCCCAAUGGCGCCAGGCCCGGGGGAGCCAAGGGCUCUGCGAGGGACACAGACGUUUGCUGUUGAAGCAACUGCAGCUCCGCUUUGUGCCUCAUGAAAAUCGGCUUUCGCAGCUGCCUUCAGCUGGGAUCCCCCUGGCUUUGCUCACCAGCCUGAACUCCGGCUCGAGAGCGCGGCCCAGCCUGCUGCAAAAGCACUGGGGCCCCUCAGUUGUCCAGGGCUCUCGUGUCCAUUGGGCACGGGCUGCACCUCAGCCAGGAGGGGCUGUCAGUGCCUGCAAGCCUGUCCUGCCUGGCUCGACCCCUGGUAGGAUGGGUGGUGGGCAGCAGGAACAGAUCUUACCCAAGUAGGCUUGUCCCAGCAGCUGGGCGCUGCCUUCCUUUGGAGGAGCAGAACUUCAGCUGCGGCCACCACCCAGCACGGAGCUGCCCGUGGGCACAGCUUUGGCCAGCGGCCGG